AGUUUUGCUGCGUUUCAAUGAAUCAGCAUUGUCAGAGUGGAAGAACAAAUUACACAAUUUUUAUAGUUGUCGCACGCCUUGGAGCUCAGAGCGCCAGCAAUAUUGGGGAAGAGUGUAACCGUGAAGGUCUUGUAGAAUUUUUACUUCAACAGAAACAUUUUUUUUUCGGCUAAAGAAUUGUGAAUUUUCUAACAGAUUUUCUUGGAAAUUAUUGUGGAAAAAGAAAAGAGUUUUUAGUAGCUGACUUUGAGUGUUUUAAGAAAGAUUUAUUGAGAAAGUGAAAGAUGAAAAGGAAAGUCGCUAUCUGUGCUUGUUGAGAGCCCCCUUAUCGCACCAAUGGGUACACCUGGUGAUAAGAACGGCCUGUCGUGCUUCUUGGCACAAUAAUGGUGUUGUGUAGUGCGGUGGUGUUAGGAAAGAAACAUUUAAUUGCAGCAACAACGCAUUCUUCGGCACAAAAAUGGUUCUGCUGCAGAGAAUAAAGUGGCUCAUCCUCAUCCUCAGUGGUUGCACCUUCAUCUACCUUCUCGUACUGAAUUUUCACACCGUCAAUGAUCACCGAGACUUUGCCGUGUACCUGCAGAAGUUGCGAAUGAUCAGCGAUAAGCUGGUACGGAUCGGUUGGGAUGACACAACGGUGGAUCAAUGGCGAAGAUCUCUCGAAGUUCACGAGGAUACUGCAGCACAGGCUCACUGUAUGCUCAAUAACAUCAUCAUAGCCCUUCCAGGGGAGACCCUUCAGGAUCAUCUGUGGGAGUACAUCUCACUCCUGGUGCUGAGGGAACGGUGGAAAAACAGCGGCAUCUCCCUUGGAGUCUUCUUGGCGCCAAAAUCAAAGAAAGCUCUCGUGGAUGUUCUGCAGAAAGUUCACAUGGACUCCGUGGAGGAAUACUCAAGUAGUUGUUUGGACUUCAAACAAGCCAAAAUUCUCGGGCAUGAGACGAAUGUGGAGUUGGAGCAUCAUCCCAUUGAUAUUCCGAGACUUUUUCUCCUCGAACGAGGGGCCAAGAGGUACAUGGAGGUCAUUCAUGGUGACCUACAGUGGCUUCGUGGAACGGUGGUGCUGAAGAAAACCCUCCAAGAUGAGGCAAAGAAGAAAGUAGCUGCAUUUAAGCAGACUUUCGGGCGGAAUAGUACAAAAGAAGUCUUCCUUGUUGGUCUCCACUUUGGCCCCAAUCACUUCCCCUUCAACGUGCCCACAGAGACGUACAGGGCAGCCGUGAAGAGUGUUCAACUGUGGCAUGAGAAUGCUGGUGUGCUCGUGCUGUGCCCCAAGAGUCGCAUGCAAUUCUGUCAGGAUAACUUUGACGAUGAUCCCAGGGUGCGUGUCCUCCAGGCAGAAGAUCAGAAGAACAGCUUGGCCCUCCUGAUGCACUGCCAGGGAAAUAUUAUUCGUAGUGAUCUCACCUUCAUUGCUGCCCUCCUCAAUGACGGCGAGGCUGUCGUCCUGCAAUCCGGCGUCUCGGAAUUCGAUCCCGCAGCCACGGUGGCGCAUCUUCUGCCCAAGUGGAUAAUGCUGGAGAAUUGAAAGAAGCUCUAAAAAAUCAUUUUUCUUCUCUUUUUUGUUACUUCUUUGUGUGAUUUAGUUUCUUUCUCUAAUUCUUAUUCAAACAUGAAGGAUUUUUUUUGUUAUUUCAAAGAAAUUACAAUAAAAUACAAAAAUAAAUUUAAAGAAAAAAAUCAUAAAAGAAAUCCUGAGAAUGAAUUCAUAAAAAUAAAUGAAUUGGAUAAAACUUAUUUAUAAAAAUUCUUCACAAUUUUUUUUUAGCUGUGAUCCUUUUUUUGUAACAAGUAAAAAGGGAAAGAAAGAAUUAUGCGUUAAAAAUAAAACAAGAAAUACAGAACCACAA